AUUGAUCUGUAUAGUGGGACCCCCUUACGGCGGCCCGGGAAACACCUCGAAUAUGAGUAACUUGGCCGCUAUGGCCUCGAUGUUGAGUAGUCUCACUGGCGGUCCCAUGGCCAACAUGUUUGGGGCGCCUGCCCAAGGUACUGCCGGGGGCUCAUCCCAGUCUGCCUCAGCGGCCGCUUUUAAUGCUGCACAAUUUCUGCAGCAGAUGGAAAUGGCAGCAUUUGGAAUGGCUGGAAACCCAUAUGGAAAUCCUUUUCUCCAGAAUUUAUCUGCCAUGUUAUACAGUGCCGGACCUGUUCCACCCUGGGGUGGCCCGCUUAGCAACAAAGCUGUACAGCAGAUGUGGAUGAAUCAGAUGGAUAAUAAACCUAUGCAUCAUCACCAAGAAGAAGAAGAAGUUGACGACGAAGAACUGGGCGUUGCAGAAACUUACGCGGAUUAUAUGCCUUCAAAAUUAAAAUUAGGCAAAAAACAUCCUGAUCCAGUUGUUGAGACGGCUUCUCUGUCAUCUGUCGCACCCGUAGACGUAUGGUACAAGUUAUCCAUACCAGAAGAAACUAUUAGAACUGGGGCACUAUCCGCCUUACAGCUCGAAAGUAUAACAUAUACUUCCCAAGCGCAUGAACAUAUAUUGCCUGAUGGCAGCAGAGCAGGAUUUCUAAUAGGUGAUGGUGCUGGAGUGGGUAAAGGCAGAACCAUUGCCGGUGUGAUCUUCGAAAACUACCUAAAGGGUCGCAAAAGAGCGAUCUGGGUUUCAGUGUCAAACGACCUGAAAUACGACGCAGAACGCGAUCUUCGUGACAUAGGAGCUGGAAAAAUCGAUGUCCAUCCUUUAAAUAAAUUCAAA